UAGUCAUCAUUAGCAACAUAGCCUCUUUGGCAAACCAGCUUGAAAACACAACUUUACAUUGAAUUUCACGCAAAGCAAGACCAUAAAUUGGUGACCGGAUUAAAGCAGCAAUGAAAUCAAGUGUGUAAGAGGAUUUAAAAUCGACAUUACAACCCCCAACGUGGUACAAAUACAAAGAAAAUACAGCUCGAUCCCCAUUGACUAUGGGCGCAGCCAUCUUGUUUGCUAGUUGUACAGAUCUGCUCGCUCUACUUUGAAAGCGACGAGAUACUACGACCGGAAGGGGGCGUGCCUCAGUGAAAUGCCGCAAGAAAGCUGGGAGAUUGGCGACUUGACCACUUCGUACAUCCAAAUGUGUUGUUAUUAUACACGUGAGUUCACUGCGUUGACAGAUAUCUAUAUAUUUCUCAAUCAUCAAAAUGUCCAUCUUUACUCCGACAAAUCAAAUACGGCUGACGAAUGUGGCAAUCGUGAGGAUGAAAAGGGGAGGACAACGAUUUGAAAUUGCCUGUUACAAAAAUAAAGUGGUGAGCUGGAGAUCUGGAGCGGAGAAAGAUCUGGAAGAGGUUCUGCAAACCCAUUCAGUUUUUGUCAACGUUUCCAAAGGGCAGUUUGCCAAGAAAGAUGACUUGAUCAAAUCGUUUGGAACAGAGGAUAUUACCGAAGUUUGUAAACAAAUUUUAGCCAAAGGUGAACUCCAGGUUUCUGACAAAGAAAGGCAUGACCAACUGGAGACCAUGUUCAGGGACAUAGCGACGAUCGUGGCAGAGAAAUGUGUCAACCCAGAGACGAAGAGGCCGUACACGGUCAGUAUGAUCGAGCGUGCCAUGAAGGACAUCCACUACUCUGUGAAGCCCUACAAGAGCACCAAACAACAGGCGCUGGAGGUCAUCAAACUGCUGAAGAAGUCAAUGGAGAUCCAGCGGGCCUACAUGAGGCUGCGGUUGGUCCUGCCGGCCAAGGAGGGCAAGAAGCUGAAGGAGAGGCUGAUGCCUUUCAUGAAGGUGGUCGAGAGCGAGGACUUUGACGAGCAGCUGGAGAUGGUGUGUCUGGUGGACCCCGGCUGCUUCAGGGAGAUCGACGAGCUGAUCCGCUGUGAGACCAAGGGCCGGGGCUCUCUGGAGGUCCUCAACCUGAAGGAUGUGGAGGAGGGAGAUGAGAAGCUGGAGUAACUCCACCCCUUAACCCUUCUACCCACGACCCUCCAACCCCGUUGCUACCUAACCCGAACCCACUUAACCCUUACCCCUCAACACUUCAGACCCCAACUCUUUGCCCUCAACUCUUAACCUUCUUUAACCCUUUGCCCGUAACCCAUCUACCCACAACCCCGUUAUCCUCCACCAUUUGCCCACUAACCCUAUCCCACUUUACCCGCAAACCUUAACCAAGUUAAACCCUAAAACCCCUUACCCUUAAUCCUCAACUCUCAAACUUCUCCAACCCCAAUUUACCCUAAACCUCUCACAUCUAACCCUUAAUUCCACUACUGAAGCCCCAUUGCCCUUAUCUCCAACCUCCAUCACCAUGGACCCUCUGUGCCUCCAUAUAUAUAUAUAUAUAUAUAUAUAUAACGAGCAUCCUGGUACACAGAGGGCAUACUCUCUAUAUCGCUAAUUUACACUAUUCCACUUUGAAUCCAUGAUGCCAUUCCUGUGUUCCAGCCACUGAAUAUUUGGAGAGUUUAUUCGGCUGCUCAUGGCUGUCUUGGUUUCUUGUGUGCAGUUUGAGCCUUCCAACGAGCGAUGUACUUGACUUUAGUUGGGGGGUUUUCAUCCCACGUCUUAAGUCACAAUUUGAUUACAUUAUUGGAGUUUGGAUCAUAUUACAAGAAUAUUGUCCAUGCCUUUUUAUUUUACCACUUGUGAUCUAUAAUCAUUGCUUACUGUGUAAUUUGCUUCAUCCAAUAAUUUAUAUUUUGUCAUUAAAUAUAUAUUGAAAUAAAUUACCUUGUUAAAUGGUUGAUUAAUUCACCCCACUUUUAAAUGUCUUAAUUCCCCCCACUUCAGAAAUUUGGCGAUGCGUUGUCAACAUAGUGACUUAUACAAUUAUUAUUAUUUUUAUUCAUUUGGAUGCAGUGAUGAUAGCUUUCUAAUCAUUUUUUUAAAAUCAAGGUUGAUCUCGUACUGCUCAAGUUAGCGGAGAAGCUCCUUGAAAGAGAAGUGAUUUGAAUAAUUAAAAAAAAUCCCCAUAAUUAUCCUUGAAUGUGGAUCUUUUUUUGUCUAGGUUUUCUAGUAUGUCUGUGCUGAGAUUAAGAUGUGUCCAGUGUGCUGCCUCCGUUUCUUGCUUAUAUUUUAAAUGGUAGGGCAUUUUAACAAAACAAAACAUAAAUCCAGUAUAAAUGAUCGGUUUGCAGUGAAGUGAUAGUGUUAGCGGUCAAAUGUUGUGCUUUUCCCAACCAACACACCUAGGACCAGGUCACAACCAAACAUUCUUGAAACCCAAGUGUGCACCAGCAACCUGCAUCACCCUGUGAGGAUAAUAUA